AUGGCUAAUGACACGUCGAUUUCACCUUCGUAUAUGGAUCCACCGUCGUUGGCGUCGUCGAUGCGAAAUCGUUUGACACAACAGCGAAGAGUGGACGCCUACACUCAGACGGAAGAGAUGCAAAACGUAGACAAUUCAACAUUGAAAAGGACGUCGAACUCGUUGAUUGGAGGCGGAUAUACUCCUUCCAUCGAUUCAUUCCCCGUCUCGUUGGAUUCCACCUUCUCAAAUCUCCUCGACGAUGAUCUCACGGAUCCGGCUUUCUCUCCCUCCAAUGACAUCAACCUCAUCGACCUCGGGCAUUGCGAUGACUUUUUUGGACCGGACUCAAUCAUGACCGACGAGUCGCACACCUCUUCCUGGAGACUUUCUAGGUAG